AUGUCUUAUCCAUCUUCAACUAGAUUUCAUCUUCCAUAUAUAGUAUAAAAAGAGGAUUCACCUAAAAAAGAAACAACUGCUAGAAUCAUGAGACCAUCUCUUUUUUUAAAUCAAAUAGACCUCCUUCCUUCUUCCUUAAAAACAGAGGUAGAAGUUUCGGAUAGAAAUAUUGGAAAUAAAAUAUAUACAUAAUUUGAAAGUGAUCCUCAUAUUCAAAUUCCAUAUCAUUUUAAAUUACCUCAAGUAAUCACAACCAGACCAAAGAGAUACUAGAGAUCCUUACCUGAAAUUCCUUUACUUAACUCAGAAUCUAGAAAUGCAACUCCUGUUGAAUUUCAAAGAUGUUAAAAAAGAGCUAAGUUAUUUCUAAAAAGAUAAGACUCUAAAAUAUUGGCACCAGUAACCAAAUUUUAAAGAAAAAAAGUGGAAUUUAAGAAAUCUUUAAUUGUGAUAGAUAUUGAAACUGGAACUUAAGAUAAGUAACAAAUCACUGAAACUUAAAAACCAUUAAGAAGAAUAGCACAUCAGAAGACUAAAUCAUUUUAAAUAAGAAAUGAAUGA